UAUAUAUUAAGGACAAUUGAAGGCAGCCAGGGGUGUAGAUCUAAACCAGUAGUCGGGUUUCAGUAGAAGACAGUUUGUACUGCAGCUUCAGAAAUAGUGGAUUUUAAACAUGGCUGGUGGUAAGGCAGGUAAAGACUCUGGGAAGACCAAGACCAAGGCUAUUUCGCGCUCGCAGAGAGCAGGAUUGCAGUUCCCAGUGGGUCGUAUCCACAGACACCUCAAGUCCAGAACCACCAGCCACGGCAGAGUGGGAGCCACUGCAGCGGUGUACAGCGCGGCUAUUCUUGAAUACCUCACGGCCGAGGUUCUGGAGCUGGCAGGAAACGCAUCAAAGGAUCUUAAAGUGAAGCGUAUAACCCCACGCCACUUGCAGCUGGCUAUUAGAGGAGAUGAAGAGCUGGAUUCACUUAUUAAGGCCACAAUUGCUGGUGGCGGUGUGAUCCCUCACAUCCACAAGUCUCUGAUUGGGAAGAAGGGCCAACAGAAGACCGUAUAACCGGAAGUGCUCUGGAAGUUGUGCCAUCUCAGGACGAAGUCUGCAUCAAGUGGCUAAAUGUCUUAGAUUAGAACACCUUUAAGGAGUUAUUUGUAUUGUUGAGCUUGCAUUUACUCACCUGGGGUAUUUUUAAAAGUGGCUUCAGAGAAGCUCAUUUUUUUGUGUUGGCCUUUUUUGUUCUUGUGCUGCAGUUUUUGUGUUAACUUGCUUUUGUGGCAUUCCCAUGUUCAAAGUGGUGUUUUAAUAAAGCUCUUAUUGGGCA